AUCUACUCACGUUAUACAGGUGCUAUCACAAAGCGAUAUGAAGGGUUUAACUUUGUUUGGAAGACUCCCCUGUGUACUGUUAAUGACUAUAUUUGUUAUAGGUUUAACCGAGUCACGAACGAUAUCAGAAGACAAUUUUUAUCCAGGGUCACUUGCUAAACGUAACUCCUGGUGGAGCAAGAAGUCAUUAGAUGACAAUGCUGUGAAAUUAAGAGAUAAUAGACUUUCUGAAGAUGGUUGUGACUGUCAUACUUCUCUAAGAAUUCACAAAUGCUAUGCUACACACUGUGUGACGGGCUUCCUCCACUGUUUACGUGAAGCUAUCAGUGAACAACACUACUCCAUAUGUCAUGAGGAACAUAACCUGUGCCUGUCUAAAUGUUACAGACUGGAAGAAGACAACUUCUAAUCAUUGAGUUCCUGACCGGCAGAAAUCUCAUUUCAUUUGACAUUAAAUAACAGUGCUAUAAAAUUCAUGAUUUGAAAAAUGUACUUCGUAUUUUUUUCUUUGCUUAUGUUGAAAUAUAACAUUAAAUCAGAGGACUGUAAAUUAGUGACAAGUGUGGUUUUUAAAGGAUCUUAAUUAAAACUUCUUAUUUUUCAUAAUA